UUAUCAUUUUUAAUGUAGUCACCUCUAAAACCGAAAGCGAAAGAAGUGCCUCUUAUACUGCUUACGUCUGCGUUUAGUUUCGAUUAUCUUGAUUGAGGCCACAUUGUCGACUUUAGCUCGCUCUUUUUAGGGCCGGAUAGAUCUGUUACAAUAGACACUAAGCUGCAGCUCAUUUAAGGACCCUGCACGAUGAAGUGUUGUCAUUACCCGUAGGCUGGACACAACGGUGGCUAGCGGUCGCAAGGAUGAUUUGGCUUUCUGUAACAGCCAGUGUGCUAGCAGCUGCAUUCAGUGUCUGGGGUCCUUCUCAGCUGUGUGCCGAUCCCAAGGAUCAGUUCAGUCACUCGGACAUUUAUGCGUUCAUUCGAAAUUUGCACAACCCUAAACGGACCCGCGCUGACUUAGAGAGAAGUGGAAGUCGGAAUGUCAGCGAAGGAAAGCAGGCGGGCUAUGAGCCUAACACUCCGGCGCCCCCUUUUAAAGUUCAUACUCUAGACGAGCAGUUUGUGUAUCCACCUGCGGAUAAGCGCAAUUUUUCCUUGCUUGUCCAUGCCUUCACUAACAAGUCGGCAUUUUUAGAGUGCUUGUGGACUUCUGAGUCCUCACUUACGGAUCUUGUCACGUUCAUGCCAAAUAACACGCACCUCUUGUUCUUGUCGUUUGACGACAGCGCAUCACGCGAUGCGCUCUGGAUGAAGCAGCAGAUUCUAAAUGUGACCCAGCACAGCAAAAGGGAAGAUCUUAUGUCCAGACUCCACUUUGGUGUUGAUCCUGUAUUUGAUUUGGGCAAUUGGAUUCCUGAUAUUCUGAAUUCUUGGAGAUGUGACAGUAGCAACUGUGGAUACAAACAAGUGAACUUUUCCUCUGCAGCUUGGGAUGUGCCGAUUGUGGAAAAACGACUGGAUGCAAGAUAUGACUGGCUUAUGAAACGUUGGAAAUUAGACUCCUACGUACUGCAGGAUGGCGGCAAUGGAUGCACACCAUCCACAGAUGUAAAUGGCUCUGUGGCAUGGGUAUCAGAAGACAGUUGUUCAUAUUUUACUAAGGUAAAGAAUAUGGCUGAAUCAGGUGCACUAGGAGUUCUUGUGUAUGCUGGUAUUGGUGAACCCAUAAAGGAUAUGAACUGCAAAGAUGAUGAAUGCUCCACAUCCCUAGAUAUACCAGCAAGUAUGGUGCAUAUUGAACCUGCUGUUGUUAAAGCCCUUCAGACACACAAAAGAGUGAAUGUGUCCUUUCAAAAUGUAUCUUCUUCUGGUUUCUUCUUCGGCAUUGAUCGACGAGGAAGACUAGCAGAAAUGGGAUGGUUGCUCUUUCCAACAUUCAGAUUUCUUGCUUGGCAAGCACAAUGGUUUGAUUAUUUUGAAAAUUUGGAAGAAGAACUUGAACAGUCAUUUAUGAAGCAAUUUCACAUAGUCAAUGUAUUCAACAACACUGUCAUGCAAGGUGAAGCUGGAGCAAUAGCCACUGUGGAGCUACCAAAAGAUUUAAAGUCUUUUGACAUUCUGGAGCUUGAUGCAUCCCUUUCCUGUCCAGGAUCAAGAGAUGAAACAUGUGCCCACUGGGAUCAUACAGUGCAGCUUUUUGUGUGUUGUAAUCCUUUAAGCCCAUACUGCAACCUGGAACUGGGACGGUGGAUAACUCCAUUCCGCAGACGAAUAGGAAGAUGGCUGACAGACGUUUCACCACUGAUUCCCCUGUUAGACUCAACAAACUGUACCUUCACAAUGAAAACAGCACCUUGGGCAAUGCCUUGGAAGCCUUCCCUCAACAUUCGAAUGGGUAAAAGAAAAAAGGUUGCUGCAGAUGGAUUUUAUUCAAACUUGAUCCCAUUUAAACUGCAGCUCUUAUUUGAAGGAGGCACAUUUGAUAAGAACUACAACAAGCAUUACCAACCUAUCAGCUUUAGCAUUCCACCGUUAACCAAAAAGGUUGAACUUUAUGCCGUAAUCACAGGUCAUGGAAGUGAUGAAAAUGACUGCUGUGAAUUCUGUGUCACAUCUCAUCAUUUUGUUAUAAACAGCAAAUUCAAUAUUUCAAAAGUUUUCGACAAUGCUGGUACACCUUUUGGUUGUGCAGAAAAAGUUCCAGAGGGUGUCGUACCAAAUGAGCGAGGCACUUGGUUAUAUGGCAGAGCAGGCUGGUGUGAUGGACAGGAUGUGGCUCCUUGGAGGACUGAUAUUACAGAUCAGGUUGACAUGAUGGGAGAUAACAUUAUUCUUUACUUUGGGUGGUACAAUGGCACGGACCCUAAUCCUACAAAAGAACCUGGAUACAUCAUAAUGUACUCAUAUCUAGUCUUUUACAAAUGAACUGUUGAAAAAUUA